GCCUGCGCGCGACGCGACGAACGCAGCAGACAGAAAAGCCAUUUGCGCCGCGUGCGUGCGAAAAAAAACAGCGGUAAAUCUGACAGAUCUCAGUCGCGAUCGCGAAUGUAAUCAACAACGCAACCAAGUGGCAGCGUGCGCCAAAAAAACAAGAUGUCCAGGAAGUGGCGUUGUUUGUUUGUCAUCGACGAUCGCUUGUGCACGACGUGACAGACUCUAUUUCUCUCUCUUUCUCUUUCUCUCUCUCUCUCUCUCUCUUUCGACUUGUUAAAAACCAUUCGUGGUUACUGUUUGUAAACGCAAACCGAAAACUUUUGAAAAUGAAAAUAGACGAAUUCCGGCGCGAUGGUCAUGUCCUUUAACCGGUAUCUACCGGUGAUUCUACCGGAGGAGAGCGAGCUCGGCGAUGGUGUCGCUGCGACCGUGAGCGAGAUCGAGACGACGUCCGACACGACCAAGCAACGCGUUUCCUACAACACGGAUGAGACCGUCACGAGGAAUUGUUCGUCGACCACGCAGUGCGGCAGCAUCCCGACAACGGCAUCCGUGACGACGUCGGCGGUUACGGUGCCGCUCUGCGUUCUCGGCGAGGUGCAGCUAAGAUUUCUCUGUCCGGAUGACCUCGAGGAAGUGCGCUCGCUCUGUCAAGACUGGUUUCCGAUAGAUUAUCCUUAUUCGUGGUACGAAGACAUCACAAGCUCCUCAAGAUUCUAUGCACUUGCAGCGGUAUAUGGUGGAGUGAUAAUAGGACUGAUAGUCGCAGAAAUAAAGCCAUACGCCAUGCUGAACAAGGAGGAUCACGAUAUAUUGUGUUCCAGUUUGGGAGAGAAUUGUCUUGUGGGUUACAUACUUAGUUUAGGCGUACGUCGUGCGUACAGAAGAAAUGGAAUAGCGUCGUUGCUGUUGGAACAAUUGCUGGCUCACGUAACCGCUCCCGAACGUUCUUCUGUGAAGGCGGUCUUCCUACACGUGCUCUCAAGCAACGCUCCUGCUAUAUUAUUUUAUCAGAGAUGUCACUUUCGGUUACACAGUUUUCUUCCAUAUUAUUAUUCGAUUCGCGGAAAGUGUAAAGACGGAUUCACAUAUGUUCUUUAUGUUAAUGGCGGUCACGCUCCCUGGGGCAUCUGGGACUGGGUACGUCAUUUAGCCGGUGCAAUGAUCAAUCUUGUACCGUGUAGAGUACCACGCUGGAUCUGGCAACGUCUUCUAUGGGCAACCACUAUUCUUUCUUAUCAUAGAUGAUAUAUUUUGUGAAUUGUUAUGUUUAUUGUGUAUUUAUUUAUCUCUUUGAAUUGUCUAGAAAUAUUUAUACAUAUAAUAAGAAAAGUGCCAUAAAUCAGUUAACUUUACAGAUUCAAAUAUAGCUACGGGUUCUAUACGCUUUUAUUAACACGUUGACUGCCAUGCAAAAUUUAUCGAUUGCCUUAUAUAUAUCUGCGAAUAAUUGUUAUUUUUUAUUGUUGAAUCAAAUAAAUCGGUAUUCUGUUGAACCGCAAAUUUUAUCUCUUUUUUUCGUUUUUUAUAAAUUUAUACACAGUGUUUCUGGUAAAAGAGAAGAUCGUCUCGUUUAAGCGAUAGUCGCAAUAAUUGCGAGAAAGAGAUUUAUUAUUAACUAAAAAUCACAUGCUGCUUCCCAUUAUUGAGCACACAGUAUAUAGUAUAAGAUUUGUUCGCCGACUCGCACGUGUAUAACGCUACGUAGCUACAAACCAAAAUGUAAGAUAAAUCUACGCAUGCUCGCUCAUCACAAAUUCAGAAACAUUGAUUUGUAUCAAGGAUUUAUAAUGUAAACGGUUAUUCUUUUUUUUAACAUAAAAGAAACAAUUAACCUCGGAUUACUUUAGCGCGAUUUUUUAUUUUAUUUAUAUAUAUAUAUAUUAGUAGUCAUCAAAAACACAAAAAUCGUUCCUACACCAAUAAUGUAAUCUAAUAGCAUUCGAAAUGUAUAAUAACUGCCAAAAAAACGAUUACAUUUUGAUUUUUGCGUGUUGAUAUAUUUUUUGCGCAUUGUUCCUAAAAGUAUAUAGAUUUACAAAUUACUUGGUUACUUUAUAAGUACAAAAAAGAAGCUUUGUGAGAGAAAUAAUUUUGCUUAAAUGCAACAUUUUGUAUAUUGCAUGCAACAAGUAAGAACGAUAUUACAUUGCUAACGUUUUUAUGUUUCGCCGAUAAGAAGCUUUAAUUUUUUGUUUUACACUUGUUGAAAUAGUCACUUUUACUAUGUAAUAGAAACUGAAAUUGAUACUGUGUGCGACAUUUAAAUAUAUGUAUGAACGUGUGUGCACACACAAAUACGUACGUACAUAUGGAUACGUAUAAAAUGAUGUACCGAAAAAAAAAAAAAAAAAAAAAUAGUUGUGUAUAUAUUAAUGUA